ACCUUUGCGAUGGGUAUUGACGGCCGCCUCAAGCCACCGCUUUACCUACUCGAGAGGAGGCCGUUAGCAAUGCAACACAAAGCCGUGACCCUGGCCGCCCACUGCAUCCCAGCUGCGGCCGUGGCUGUCCUCGUGCUGCACAUAUGGGGGAAGCCUCCCAUCGUACCGGCAUGGUCGAUGGGCCUCUGCUGCUGCUGCUGGUGUCGCGACACACCACGCGUCGUGUUCUGGGGUCCGAGUGCCGUCUGUGUGCUCAUUAUGCUGCACUGGAUGCCUCGGACAGGCCGCCACCUGAUCCGUUGUCCUGACCAUUGUAGCUGUUGUGGGUGUCCGGUGGCGGUAGGUAGCGUCCCGCCGAACUGGCCAUCGAUAUCGCCUCCACCUGCACGCCGGCAUGGUCGAUGGGCCUCUGCUGCUGCUGCUGGUGGUGUCGCGUGGGAGCGCGGUAGGCGGGGCGAGAGGCGUAGUUGUGGUGAUGACAGCGAGGCUCCUGGGGCCUCAAAUACGGGUAGGCGUGGGCAUAGAUGUCGACGUAUCGGUUGCUGCCCUGAUAGUGUGUGCGGUUGACGUAGACGGGGAAUCCCAUUGGAAUCGGUUUUGGAGUAGAGGGAAACGUAUGGAAAAACCUUUCCUUCGGUUUGUACCCCUGGACGCGUCCGAUGAGUGAGGAAGCAUACUGCCAGCCGCUGCGGGCCCUCCUCUCUGCUUGCAAUGCUCAUCAUUCCCCCUCCGAGUCCCUCCGACGC